CGGCUCCACUGCUCAUUGAGCGCAGCUUCAACUGGCAACCGGCGCAACACAGUAACCCCACUGGCUACAGCGCAGAUCUGGUGGGAAGUUGUAGUUCAGCAGUGCAUUUGACUCCCCAAGUUCAAGCUGUGACCAAAAGUUAAUAUGUGGGCUGUGUUACACAAAUAUUGAUACCAUUGGAUUCAUAUUCAGAAUCACUUUCUUAUGACUGGUAACUACUUACAAAAUACAGUACACGAAAAUUACGGGCAAAGUUCAAUCUUGGACAGUCAAAUUAUGCCUUGCAUGUCCAAAUAGAGGGAAUAUACUUUUCAUCCUAUGGACCAAUGUGUUUAGCACUGGUCGAUAAUUUUUAUACUUAGUUGGCAUGUUGCUUUCAGACAUCACCUUCUGCUUUUCACAAGAGGAAGUUAGCUUUAAAAAAAAUACUUGUGCUUGACAUAGUCAACGAAUAGGACCUAAGUUGCAAAAUGUCUCUCUAACAGUGAUUAGCAUUAUCUUCUUGAUGGUACUUGUGGUUGUGGACUUGUAUAUCUCAUUAUGUAUGCCUCUAAUCUUUUUUCUACUUUAACAUUAGUGAAUGUCUUUUGAAUAUCAUGCAUCCAAGAAAAUCUUGUAGAUUGUAUGGGUUCUUCAAAUUUUGGUGGGAAUCUAGGAGCUCUAUUUUCGUUGCGUGGUCUCACCGAAGUUGUGAUAUCGUCCAUGACUGUCUGAGUGAUUUAUUAAGGGAACGAGUGGAACCUACUUCUGUCUCUUCUGUUGGAUACUUAAUGCACAUAAAGCCUAACUACUUGAACCACUUAUAUUGGGCAAGUAGGGUAGGAACAUGGCACCUGCAUACCUAGACCCUCCAAACUGAUGACUGAUCUGAUUGUGAAAAUGGCAGAGGUCUUUGCAGUAUAUACUGCAGAUUAGCAAGAUACAUAUGGAUAAGAACCACAGAAGUGUUAGCCUUCAGUCACGUAUACUGAUUGCAGUUAUAUGGCUUCUCAAUUAUACUUUCUGCACUCGUUGAUAGUACUUGUCCAUGUUUCUUUUUCUUUGAUGUCCAAAAUUCAGCCAUUCGGAGGUAGUAGCAACUUUGGCUGGUACUACUGGUGCUUGCAAUAAAAUAAGCCCUCAUCAUUUUGGGACGAAACUGGGAGACCUUAUUCAAGAGGAAGAAGAAGCACCAUGACAGCUGGGAGCUUUGUAGCCUGGAGGGGAAGUUCCAUCAACAAAGAGGUGCAUGGAGGAGUCAGAGCAGCAUGGUUUAUGUAUGUUGUGACUGUGUUAAUGAACACGGUUAUUGUCCCAAACAUGUUGAAUCUGGUCACUUAUUUUCAUGGAACAAUGCAUAUGGGGGUCUCAGAUUCUGCAACUACUGUCACUAAUCUUGUUGGCACCACGUGCGGGUUUGCAUUAAUAGGAGCUUUCCUCUCGGACUCUUACAUCAUGCGCUCGACAACCAUACUCCUCUUUGGUCCAUUGAUGUUUCUGGGCUAUGGAUUGCUCGCGUUACAAGCACACUUACCCUCACUUCAUCCUGCACCUUGCAACGUUGAAGCAGAACUAAGCAGCUGCAAAGAGGUCCAUGGAUGGAAUGCUACCUUGCUGUACGCAUCGUUGUACAUCAAUGCAUUUGGUGAUGGUUUUGUGCGUUCAUGCAUGCCAUCCCUCGGAGCAGACCAAUUUGACCAUAGAGAUCCUAUCGAGUCCCGCCAGAAGUCCAGCUUCUUUAACUGGUAUACCUUCGGGAUCUCCCUUGGAGGUUUUAUAGGGUUAAUAUUCAUAGUGUGGCUUGAGAACUACAAGGGGUGGGACAUCGGACUUGGGGUGUGUGCUAUCCUAAUUCUGUUUGGAUUGCUCAUUGUUGCUGCUGGUCUGCCUUUCUACCGCAACCAAGUGCCAGAAGGAAGCCCUCUAACUCGAAUACUGCAGGUUCUUGUGGUUGCAUUCAAGAACAGGAAUCUUGAACUUCCUGAGAAGCUGGAAGAAGCACAUGAAAGCAUUACUGAGAAUGGGACUAGGACACAGUCUGUUGAAGUACUCUCUCAAACAAAAAGUCUGAAAUUCCUUGACAAAGCCUGCAUUGACCGUGGUAAGGAUGGAGAUUGGGCAGUUUGCACUGCAACGAAGGUGGAGGAGACUAAGAUUGUGCUAUGCGUGCUUCCGAUCUUCUUCAGCUCCAUGAUAGCAUAUGUGUCGAACACUAUCGUCUUCAUAUUCACUGUGCAGCAAGGUGGCAUGACCGACACAAGGCUGGGCAAGGUCAAUGUUUCCCCUGCGACUCUCUUUAUCAUCCCCACCACAUUCCAGAUGAUAAUGCUUCCCGUCUAUGAUCGGUUCAUUGUGCCAUUCUUGCGUAAACGCACAGGCUACGUUGGUGGCAUCACUCAUCUGCAGCGCAUAGCUAUAGGCUUUGCCUCCAUGAUACUUGCCUCGGUCAUCGCUGCAGUUGUUGAGAAGAAAAGAAAGGAUGCUGUAGUGCAGAUGUCCCUGUUCUGGCUUACACCUCAGUUCUUCCUGCUUGGUGUGUCAGACGUGACAUCAUUCACCGGACUCCUCGAGUUCUUUAAUAGUGAGGCGCCACGGGGCAUGAAGUCAAUUGCCACGGCAUUAUUCUGGUGUGAGAUAGGGCUUGCGUCACUGAUGGCUACAUUCCUGGUGGAUAUUGUGAACAGGGUGACAAGGCAUGGUCACCAGGGUGGAUGGCUCGAGGGUACAAGCUUGAACAACAGCCAUCUUGACCUAUUCUACUGGGUUGUGGCAGUCGUCGGGUUGCUUGGCUUCUUGAACUACUUAUACUGGGCAAAGAAGUAUGUGUACCAGCACAAUCCACGCAUGGCUGAGCAAUCAGUUGAUCAUGAUUUGCCUUGAAAUGUCACAUUUGCAUGGGUUUAUUGAUUGCCCAUGGCAUGGAUUAGUCAACUUUGCAAAGUAAUGUAGAAGCAUGUACUAGUAGUCCGCUGUCGUGUGCCGAUUGUUUUCAGCUAAUUGGUUAGAUUCAUCCUUUACACUCCCCCUUCAUGUCAUAUCCAAAAAGAAGUAGGGUAGGCCACUGUGUUAAGGUCGGUGCAGUGUGAAAUCGAGGGACAAUCAUGUUACAUUUCUCGUAUGUUUCAACAUUUGUUACUUCGGUAGAAGCCAUGCUAUUGUCUAUUUCUAAGGUGCCCGGUAUUUCCUUAGGUCUCAGACAUCUUUCUCAGCAUCUGAAU